AUGUCGGCGGAGCACGCGGGCUUCCUGCUGGCGCUGGGACUUAAUGGGCAUCUGCGUGAUAUGCCCUACAUGAAUAUGUUCGACUACUUCGUCAAAUGUAACGAGAUGAUCAGCAUCGGCCUGCUGCUCGGCCUCGCAGCCACGUACAGAGGUACUAUGGACGUGCAAGCUACGAAGAUGAUGAGCAUUCAUCUGGAGGCGCUCCUGCCGCCCACUUCAAUCGAGCUAGACAUCCAGCAGAACAUCCUGGUGGCGGCGCUGCUGGGUGUGGGUCUGCUGUACCAGGCCACAGCGCAUGCGCACUACGCACAGGUCCUGCUCAAUGAGAUAGGCAAGCCGCCGGGUCCGGAACUGGAGAACUGCGUCGAGCGUGAGGGGUACGCGUUGGCAGCGGGGCUGGCGCUGGGGCUGGUGUGCGUGGGCGCCGGAGACUCCGCCCCACCUCACCUCGCUCCUCGCCUACGCGCCUACGUGCUCGGCGGAGAGAGGCACGCAUACGGUCUGGACAAUUAA